UUCUUUGUUUCAGCUAUUGAACUUGUUGACGAAGCUGCUGCAAAGCUGAAGAUGGAGAUCACUGGUAAACCAACUGAACUCGAUGAAAUAGAUAGUGCUGUGAUCACACUGGAGAUGGAAAUGCUUUCUUUGAAAAAGGAUAAUGAUAAAUUUUCUAAAGAACGGCUACAGAAGAUUGAAAAUUAUUUGAUCACGCUUAAAGACAAACAAAAAAUCGAUGGAGUGAACCAGGAAAUUGCAUCAGCUAUAUGUGAAUUUGAUCAAAACCGUGUUGAUGAUAAUAAGAAUUCCAUACUUAUGUCCCUCCAACGCCAAUUAGAAGAAUCUCAUGAACUUCAGAGAGUCUGA